GCUGUCUUCAUCUCCUGAGCGGGCUGGGUGCUCUGUUUAGGGUCAGCAGAGAUCUGUUGGUGGUGAUCUGAGACCUUUUCCCAGAGCCUGAACUGCAGAGGAGCUGGUUUGAAGCCCCUUAUGAAGAUGCCAGAAUUGACCUAAAGAGCCUGAACCAAUCUGUAGCUUGAGAAAGGUUUGCACUCUGAGAUGACAGACAGUGGGCUUGUGGUGCUCAUUGUAGUGCUGGACAGGCAGCCAGGCCUCAUGGAGUGAUUGGAGCAGACCAGCAGUCCUCAUUAGAGGCUCCAAGGUUUGGGAAUGAGCUAUAGUGUUUUGAUCUGGGUGGAAGACAAGGUGUAUUGGCAUCACCUGUUGUGUGGUGUUAGCAGAAGAGGGAUCCAGAGCUUGAUUCAAGCUUUGUGUAGCCCAAAGAAGUUACAGUCUCUGAUCCAGAGUACAUCUUUUAAGCUGAAUAGAUUGGACCAGACUUCUCAAAUAGUUCUAACUUUUAGUAAAUACCCUUUGGGCUCUCUCAGUGCCUACUGCAAGCACACCCUGGAUUUUAGGAAACAGUUUUACUGAGUAAAAUGUACUUUCAUCCCCUUUAUGUUGCAGGUGAUUGAACCUGAUGAUAAUUCAGUGAGCUGAGGUGAUCUCAAGAAUGUUUUAUGACACAGCUGAGUUAUUGAGGGAGGGCUGCAUCCUAAGAGCUUUGCAAGGCUGAAUUUUAAAGAUCCCAGAAGAUGGUGUCUGCUUGCAUCCUGGUGCCAAGGUACUGACGGCAGUGGAUGUCACUGGAGUAGUUGUCUCACAAAGACAAGGUUGGCCCUGCCAGCCUGGGAUUGCUGCUGCUCCCCAGAUCAGUUAGACAGGGAAGGUCACAGGAGUAUGGGAGGUCUCCAGAUUCACUGAGACUGUGUCCAGUUUCCAAAAUCUGCCAGCAGUACUGCUCUGAGCUCUGUGGGUCCUAGGACCUGGGAACUUGGCCUUGGAGUACAUAAAAGCUUUAGGGUGGCUGUACCAUGAGCUCACCUUUCCACUCACCUUCCCCAUCACUCUCCCUGUGCAGUCUGACACAGUUUGUGUUUUCAUUUUAUAUCACACAAGUGUGAAGCUAGUAGUUUACAGAACCCUAUUUUUGGAGGAGGAGAGGACUAUUGUUGGGUAUGUCCUGAAGCAAAAGUUUGAGAAUAAUAUCCUGGGGAAAUAGUGGAUAGAUUAAACUCUGAGGCCUGCUGACUUCAGAGUCAGGCCUGUGGGAGGUCUGAGGUUCACCUUGGUUGGGGGAUGUCCCAGCCAGUUUGGUCAGUGCUGCACAGAGCUGCUGGCCCAACACAGCUCUGUGACUCCCUGUGUUGUCCCUGUGCCAACAGGUAACCAGCACAUGCCUCCCCUACCUUUGUAGGCUGUUCUGCUUCCUGGCCUUGCCAUCUCCUGGCAGGUACAUUGCUGACAGAGCAGUAGGGGACAGGUGUCAGCCUGCCUUGCUGACAGGGUUACAAAAUGGAUUCCAGGACCAAACCCAUUCCACAAAACAUCAGGAUUAAAUAUUGAAAUCCUUGGCAUUGCCUGUGUGCUUAAAAGUGCUGAGGAAAAGGGCUUUAUCAAGAGGGAGGAUCAGCUGAAGCUUUGAAUUGUCCUUUGGGCUCCUGGUUCUUCCCAUGGAGCAUCUGUGUUCCCCUGCCUUUGGCUCUGCUUCCAUGAGGCACUUCCAGCCCUGUUGCUGGACCAGAAGACCGGGGAUAGAAGGGAGCCCAGUGACCUGGGACAACAAGGAACAGGAGAGGAGCAGAUAAGGGAGCAGAUUUUUUUGCAGGUUGCUCAUGGAAGCAGUUCUCCGGUUAGGGCAGUGGGUGGGGAGAGUAUCCUCAGACCCCAGGUGUAUCCCUGUGCUUGCUGCAGCACUUGACCCAGCCAGGCCAAGGGCUGGGCACAGUUCUCUGUUCCCUACUUCUCUGUCAGCCAGCAGCCUGCCCUUUUUGGAUUUGUGUUUUGUGUUGGGGCCGCACUGUCUGUCCUACAGAUGGGCCAGGGCUUCAGCAGCCAGACUGUAACUGGAAAUCUGCCCUUGUAGCUCAGUUGGAAGGAACAGCAGCCAGUGCCCCAGACAGCCCUCUCACUCUCAUCCCUCAGAGCCCAUUUGUGAGCCUGUAGUGUGCUGACCAUAAUAAAGGGGAGCUCCCAUGAUGAGGGAACGUUUCCAUGAUUACCUGUAACCAUUAAGGGGCGGAUCUUGUGCUUGUCUGUACUGGAAUCACUCACUCUUCUGCCUCAUGAGCUGUUGAUACCAGCACCUGAGGAGGUCAGUAAUCCUCCAGGAAGUGAGUGAUACAUCCUGGCCUUUGAUUUAGCCUGCUCAAACAGGCCUACUUCUUAAAUUUAACGGCCUUUAGCAAAAAUUUUACAGUGUUAAUUAAAUAUACUAAUACAGUGAAUUAUUUAUUAUGGCAAGUAAUUCCACAAAAGGGUACAGAAAGACAAAAAUUCUACAAGAUCUUAGUAAGGUACAACAUUAUCUUCUCUAAUAUGAUUCCACAAAAGCCUUCAUGGCUAAACCUCAGGCUUUGUCCCAGCCAAAAGCAAACAUCUUUCAUGUGAUUUCAGCAUAACAGGGUGUUAGUGGUUCAGUGAUGGUCUGGAAGGUCAGGAAGUGAGUUGUGUUCACUACUUGUUGCUUUUUUCUUCUCUCUUAAAAGUCUCAUCAUUCAGAAGCAGAAAAGUAAUUGUAAACUACCUGUAGCUUGCAAAAUGCAGCUGGCAGUGAGGCAUAAUCCCCCUGUAUGCUCACAACAAUGGUUGAAGCAGACUUUAUUUAAAGGAAAAUAAGUAGCAGCUAAGUAAAUGCACAGGAGGGAGUAAUUUAACCAACCCAUUGGAUGAAAGUCAGGGUAGGGCAAGAGGAGUCAUGGGACUGUUUAAAUCUCUCAGAAAUGUGAUGAGUUAAUGAGCAAUAACUACUUUAUGUACCAUUACUGGGCCCCUCCUACACUCAGGAGUAUUUCUACAUUUCUCAUGCAACCUGCUUGUGUGACAAAUCCAUACACACACUGCACCCAAUUAGCGUCAAGCAUUAGAGCUGCUCUGCCUGUUUCACCUCUCUAAACCCCUCCUGGAAGCAAUUUUCCCAGCAUACAAAGAAUAAAUCACCAUUUGCCUAAAUCUUCUCAGAGGACAGCUCCCAAAUAAGGGCCAAGUAAACACAUGUAAUACAUGAUAUUCUAUUCAUUAGGUAAUCUUCCCAGCAGUAGAUGCAGGGUAUUAUCUGCUUUAAGUGUGCAAUGUUACAUGAAAUUAAAAAUGUCAGGGGAGGUGAGACAAGGCACUUGAAUAGGCACUUGUAGAAAAGUAGUGGAAUACCUUACUUAAACAAACACAAACCCCAAUCCUUUUCCCCCUCUAAAAGAAUAACAAAAAUACCAAAAAAAACACAGCAAACAGCCAAACAAACUGGAAAAGAAAAAAAAAAUGCACACCUACUAUAGGAAAUAUAACUUACUUUACCUGUGUCCCAGUCUUUCAAGAAGCAUCGGGAGAUGAAGUGAAGAGAGCAGAGGAGGGGAGGGAAUCCUUCCUGGGGUACCAAUUGCAGCAGGGUUAAACCAUUAGGUGAAUUUGACAAAUGACAACAUGACCACACCUUGUGUAAUCAAUAGCCACUGUGCUAUUGGAGUGUCCCAAGGAGCCUCCUUCGACACUGGCUGUCACUCUUCACAGACAUUUUCAGGUGACCAAACAUCUGCCACCUUCUGCUCUGUGCACCCGAGGAAUUUGCCCCAUCCUUUCCUUCUCUUGUUUCUUUGUGGUAAAGGCUGGCUGGCUCAGAAAGCAUCACCUGCCAGUGAGGGAUCAGCUGCCCUGAAAAGCAAACAGCCCUGGGGUGGCUCCAGAUAACUUGUGCUGAAGAGAUGUGUGUCAGAGGUGGCUGAGAAAGGCUCCAGGGGAGCACCCGUGACCUUACAGCACAUACAUGAUGAGCAGAGCCAGAGGCUUAGUGUUGUCAGUGCCCUCUGUGGCUGCUGGGGACAAGUGGGGUGGAGGGCACAUUUCCCUUCGCUGUCCCUGGCCCAGCUGCACAGGUGUUCCACCUGUGCCUCCCUGGGAUGCCCUGAGCAGGAGGGUGGCAUGCCUGGGCUUCCAAACCCCCGUCAUGGUGUCCCUGCUUAGCUUUACCAGAGCCCAGGGCUUCUCCCCACAGAGUGGGUUCCAUGUCCCCAGUCUCCCCCCUGAUGUCCCAGAGAGGCCAAACAAGCAGGCCUGGGUCUCCAAGCUGAGCAGGGUCUGUGCUGGAGCAGCCAUGGGCAGGACUGAGGGGUCCUGGCUGCUCAGGGCUACUGAGGAACAUUAGUGCCUGAGGCAGGCUGGGAGCUGCACAGCUCCUGUCUCUGUGCCAGCGGGAUCAGCCCUUGGCCACCUUGGCUCAGGGACAUGGGAGCACAGAGCUGGAGUGUGACCUCGUAGCCAGAGGAGCCGCCACCGCUCAUCCCGUGAGUCAGGGGAGGCCACGUGAGGCCCCAGCCCCGACGCCUUCCCACCCACUGGGAAUGCUGGCACUGGGAUCCUGCCCCAGCAUCCUGAGCCACCACACAGCCUGAAGCUACAUUUGACAGCAGGAAGGCACGCAGAAGAGUAGCAGAAUUAUUACCACAGCACGAGGAGACUGGAGCAGGAACGGUUUCAAACAAGCUGGUGUGGAUCAGUUUUUGUUGUCUUACAGGAGGAAACUCAGCUUUCACUAAGGCUACAUCCCUCCAGGACAUCCUCCUGUGGAACCAACUGCUGGGACCAACCUAAGACUUGCAGGCACAGCAAUGGAGAAUUUGGAUGUCCCAAUCCCAGAUCUUACUGAAGAACAGCAAGCUGCACUGAGCACCACAGGAACACUGCCAUGCAAACCCCCUCUGCUCCUGCACAGUGACAGGUUUGUUUUCCUUACAGACAUUUUUCUGAGAGUUUUUGCUGCUGAUGCCAAGUACUUGGAGAAUCAUGAAAAAAUGAACCAGUCCUUCUGGGAAUCACUUGUAAAAUGCUUGGCCGCUACUGACCCAGCUAUCCUGGAUACUGAAGAAAAGAACAAUCUCCUUAACAGCUGUGAUGUCCUCCCUGGAGGCUGUGCUGCCUGCCUGGAAACCAUACAGAAGAAAGGAGUCAGGGCAAUGGCUCUUCUUUACCUUUUGCUGAAGACUUCCAAUCCAUCUGGGUACAGGCAGCUGCCCAGCUCCAAGGGAAAGGAUGAAAAAUUGAAACUCUUGAAGAGAUUGGAAAGGAAUUUUGUAUACUCAGAAGAGGACAAAAAGUCUGAAAAGUCAUCCCAUAAGUCCACGGAUGAAGAUACACAAGACAGUGAUGAGGAAGAUUUAGGAAGACAGAAGACUGAAGGCAAAUUAUUUGAAGGAAUACCAGCAGAGAUGGUUCCCUACAGAGAUUCAGAGAUUGCCAGAAGAGAAGAUUCAGAUGCAGAUGCAUAUGUGGAGAGCACUCACCCUCCUCAGUGGACAGUACGGUGGAUGGGCAUACGGAAGGAUGAUGAAUUCUUUCAUUUUGUCAUUCUUUGCUUUGCAAUUGGAGCUUUGCUAGUUUGCUACUACUAUUACAAAGAUUGGACUAUUUCUCUUGGGAUUGGUUUAAUCACCUUUGCUUCCCUGGAAACCACUGGGAUAUACUUUGGCCUGGUGUACCGAAUUCGGAGUGUCCUUGACAGCUUUGUUCCUUUCAUUGACAGAUUCAAGCCAAGAGGCAUGAGGAAAGCUGCCUAGGAGGAGUAUUUCAGGAGAGUUCCCCAAACCUGGCUGUCCAAAUUUCCAGUACUAAAGGAACUGCUUUUAUGAGGUGAAUCUACCCAAAUGGCCAGUGUGGAAUACUGAAAUGUGAAACCUCUGAAAAACAUCACUCCUUUCCCUCCAAAAUAAACGUGAAACUGGGAUACAGGGCCCCACUGUGGAUUCUGAAGUGGUUUGGGGCUUGUCAGAGCUUGGAAGACAAUGGAGAUGUAGCUUUGUGUUCAGUUCCAUCUAAAUAUAAACACUGACCUCUCCCCAAGGCUGCCAUGUGAUUGGUGGUGCAGCUCUCAUGCAUAACAAACCACGCCAAUCUGCCUGUGCUGUACCAAAAUCAACAGACCAAUGUCCUGUGCUGGUUCUGGCUUAGGCUCUGCCUGUUCCUGGAGGAAUUCUGGCCUCCUCCUCCCCCCGUGCUGCCCAGAGCAGGCAGAGCUGGCGCUGCUCUCCCAGCUGAGCCCCAGCAGUGCAGGCACUGGGGCUGAUGAAUUGAUUGUGGCAGAACCCGGAGCAGUGGGCGGGCAGUGGUUUCACCCGAGGAGAGCUGGGGAGAUGUUACAGGCACUGACAGAGUGCUGCAGUAAUGAGAUUAUUAACAACAGCACAUUUCAUCUUUUCUCAGGAAAAACAAAGUGCUUGAUUUGACUCAUCCCCCAACCCUUUUCUUUCAUCGAGUUCAAAUAAACACAGAACUUUUACAUUUGUUUCAUUUUAUAGGAUGUGUUACAGAUUUCAAGAAUGUAGGGCUACUGCAGUUAUAGGAAGACUGUAACAAAAGGGGGGUAUCUUUGAAUUUUUAGCAAAAAUGUAAGGUCUUCAUACCCACAGAAUGACGAAGGCAACCAGUUGAACAGAAGAAGCUGUAAACAUGCACUUUUAAGGAAAUGUAAAUCUGAAAGCUGUAAACCCAAACAGCUGAGUUUUACAGGAACAAUUUCAAGCCUUGCUCAGAAAAUUAGAAAGGUUACUUUUUGUUGUAUGGAAUUUGAAGCACUGAGUCAGUCACUCUUGCCUGCAGUUCCAGCUGCACUGCCAGAAACACCAACAGUUGCACUCAGGCCUGCACCAACACAGCACAGCUGCCACCCAGUGCCUCAAGGGCUAAAUUGUGUAAGAAGGAUGAAUACAAGUUAUUUCAUUGUAUUUAUAUGCUCAUUUACAUGUCUUUGUAGAGAUAUUCUACCAUCCCAAACUACUGUAUAUUUUGUGUUAGUCUGCAAAUAAAGUCUUGCUCAGACCACUGUA